ACCACCAGAACAAUUUGUUAGCAGGAGGUUUCAGGAAGAAGAUGGCAAAUAACCCCCUCGUUCUCUCCAUUUUCCUUCUGGGAGCUUGUCUUGGUGAUGAAAGUGCAGUUUUCAUUGGGAGCAAGGAAGCAAACUCAGUUCUGCAGAGGCAAAGGCGAGCCAAUUCCAAGAGACUGGAAGAGUUUAUUCCUGGGAACCUUGAGAGAGAAUGCAUAGAAGAAAAAUGCAGCUUUGAAGAAGCCCGAGAAGUGUUUGAAAACACAGAGAAAACAAUGGAGUUUUGGAAAACAUACAUUGAUGGAGAUCAGUGUGACCCCAAUCCGUGCAAAAAUGGAGCUGUUUGCAAGGAUGCAGUAAGUUCCUAUGUGUGCUGGUGCCCACCUGGGUACGAAGGCAGAAACUGUGAGAUAGACUUCACUUGUGCUAUUAAAAACGGAGGCUGCAAGCACUUCUGCAGGCAUGACCCACCACAGAAAGUUGUGUGUUCCUGUGCCACUGGUUACAGACUUCAUGAAGAUGGAAAAUCCUGUACACCUACAGUGCCUUAUCCCUGCGGAAGGAUCACAGCUCCAGAAGCCAAGAGCAAGCUCACUCGAUCCAUAAACACCUUUGAGCACUGGAAUGUCACCAACGAUGACCAUGAUGAUGCUCACGAGGAGGUGCUGGACAACAUCACAGAAACCAGCACUGCUGCCACCACAAAAAUCACACCCAUAAUUAAGACAGGCACCAGGGUCGUUGGUGGGUCGGACAGCAUGAAAGGAGAGGUGCCCUGGCAGGUUCUCCUAACGAACAGCAAUGGUGUGGGCUUCUGUGGUGGGUCCAUCAUCAAUGAGAAAUGGGUGGUGACAGCAGCACACUGCCUGAGCCCAGGUGACAACGUCACUGCUGUGGCAGGUGAAUACAACACCCAGGAGGACGACCACACUGAGCAGCGGCGUCAGGUGGUGAGAAUCCUCCCCCAUUACACCUACAAUGCCACAAUCAACAAGCACCACAACGACAUCGCCCUCCUGGAGCUGGACAAGCCACUCACCUUCAACAGCUACGUCACCCCCAUCUGCAUCGGCAGCCAGAAAUUCACCAACGAGCUGCUGAAGCACGGGACAGGGACAGUCAGUGGCUGGGGCAGCACUCUCUACCGUGGCCGGGCUGCCACCAUCCUUCAGGUCCUCAAGGUGCCUUUUGUGGAUCGGCCAACCUGCCUCAAGAGCACCUCCACCACCAUCCUGCCAAACAUGUUCUGUGCCGGCUUCGCAGUGGGGGGCAGGGACACCUGCGAGGGGGACAGUGGGGGUCCCUACACCACCGAGAUUGAGGGCACGUGGUUUCUGACAGGGAUCACCAGCUGGGGGGAGAAAUGUGCCACACCCGGUAAAUACGGCAUCUACACCAGGGUCUCCAAGUACCUGAGGUGGAUAAAGGACACCACAAGGCUUACCUAAGCCAGCGGGUGGUUCUGACAGGCUGGGGAACGGACUGAAGAAGUAAUCAGUGUGUUUUUCAGAAAUUGUUGCAUUUUAAUAAACACUUCUCGAUGAACUAA